AUGGCGACCUCAACACUCUACAUCGGCAAGUCAAUUACGGAUGUCUUAGCUACGGAACUUCUUGUUCUUGUCUGCGGAUCUCUUCCCCGCGAGGACUUGACCAAUUUUCGAUUGGCGAACAAAGUUUGUGCUGAGGUCGCGUCUAAGAACCUCGUUCAAGAUUUGCAUGUCAUAUUCACAAGGAAAAGUCUCAGUAACUUGUUGAAUAUAUCAAAGCAACCGAAUCUUUCGAAGCAUGUCAGAAGCAUAUUAUAUGAGCCACGUACCUUGCGGACUAUUUGUAUGGACACAUAUGCUAGUUACAUAGCUGAUCAGUUACGUCCUAUGCAUCCUUUCAACCAAAAAGACCUGGACAAGGGAUAUGAGCUCAUACUUGAAUACGUUAAAUACGAUAUCGUUGUCUUCGCACAAGCUGUCCCAAAAUUCUCAACCCUCAACAAAAUCGUGGUGGAUGACGCUGGAUUGCCAUCUGAUCAAGUCAUGAACUCUUACAACUGCAAGGCAUAUCUUCGCAAGAAAAUGUUCAGUUCUGGAUCGAGCCCAAGCUAUUCUUCCCACAAAUCCGAAAUGUUACAUGGGCUACUUCAUGCUGCUAGCCUUGCCGGUAUAAAACUGACGACUUUAAGAGUCACAGCUCUACCUUUGCCAUUCUUCAACGCGACGCAAAUAAGCAGUAACGAUGUGACUUUUUCAGCGUUGCAGAAUAUUCAGCAUAUCGAUAUUACCAUCAAAGCCAGAAAGGAAGAAUGGGAAGCCCGCGUCAAGAUAGUUGUCCCUCGCCUUGCAAAUUUUUUGAAUUUCUUCUCCAAUCUUGAGAGUCUUCGCAUCGACCUAGGGGAACCUCAAACAAAACCAAAGUUCUCAAUCCUUUUGGACCCGGUAUUUGGAAGCACUGGUAAUUUCCCAAAGCUACGCAGUCUUGACCUUCGUCAUUUCUCGUGCACCAAAGACUUUUUCUCAGAGUUUCUUCAAAAGCAUGCGGGUACACUAGAACAUUUGAAACUUGAUACAAUGACGAUGGCGAGUAAUUGUCCUGGUUGGGGUAAUGUUUUCAAUACACUUGAAACUGAUUUGAAGCUCAAGUCUUGUUAUUUUACUGGUGAUUGGCAUGAGGGCUGGGGUAUUGAAGAAGGCCCGACUUAUCCAAUAAAGCUUUCCACAUCAUAUACUGGAACUCGGCCAAGUUCUCUGGGCGAAGUACUCCAGUACCGUGUUGUCAAGAAGUGUAUGCCGGGGGGAGGCGUGUGUAUAACCAUGGACGAGAUUUGGGCCGCCGCCACGAGAGAGUCACAACAAAGGGGACGUGAAACUGAGCGUGAUGAUAGUGCUGAGGAUAGCGAUAGCGAAGAUUACGAGGAUCUUUUAGACUUCGAGGAUCUUGGCCACUACAUUGACGAUGACGGUGAAGAUGAUGAUGAAGAUGACGAAGAGCAUAGCGAUGACGAAGACGUUGAGGAUAGUAUCGAUUGA